AUGAAGAAGCGGAAAAAGGAAAAAAGCAAAAAAAAGGAAAAAAAGGAAGAUGGUCGAUCUCUCCGAACAAAAAGAAACCUAAACUGCGACCCGGAUACCUCCCAAUUAGGAAGGAGAUGUCGAGACAAACAGUGUGAGCGGAGGAAAAGGACCAAAAGGAGGGGAACGAAAAUUUCCAAAGUGGUUUUUAAGUAUUCUGUCCGUAGGAAAACGACGACGCUGUGGACGGGGUGCGCAUUUUGCUCCGUAAAUGAUGCGCGACGUUGCGAGGCACGUCCGCUCCGCGGAGUCCAGAUUCAGUUUUCUAAGGGCAGAUAUUCGGAGAAAGCCACAAGGCGGGAACUCGACGAUCGCGGUGUGCGCGCCACUCGUUUGGAGCAAAAAACAGGACAAAAAGGUGGCGGCGCAAUGGCGGGGGCGCACAAGGUCCGUCCUGGCACGCCGUGCGAAGAGCGCAGAAGCGGCGGAGGAAUAGUUCCGAUCGGAGAAUGA